UUUGAUGGAGGAUUUAGGUGGUACCCGGAAGAGCAAGAGCUGUCUCCCUUGUCAGCAACCCCCCCUUCAGAGGAUGCUGGCAAGGCCUCCAGCAACGAGAUUGCUGGUUAUGAUACUAAUUCCAAGAGAAAAGAAUUCAGUCUUAAUCAUUGUGUUUCUCAGGCCUCCUCUGCUACUGGAGCUGAGGAUGAUAAAUCCCUAAGGAAGAGUAAUAAGGAUGAAGGAUUCCAUGUGUUAUAUAAUAAUGAACCUGGAAGGAGUGGUUCGAAUAAUAAACGCUGUAGCGAAGGUGUUCUUGCUCCAGCUAAUUGGAAAGGGUCUAAUAAAUCAAAGGAGAGCUUUGAGUCAGAAUCAAGAAUUGCAGAUAUGUAUAGUGAAAGGAAUCCUGAGAGUAUGAGUGUGGGGCAGCUUGGUGUCACCCAAGACGGAUUGGGGAAUGAGAACAAGGUUAAGAAGGUUAAACUCAGGGUUGGUGGUGUGACACGUACCAUUCAAUCUAACUCGUCGUCUAAUGGUGCUUCAGGAACUGGAACAUUUAUGAAAAGUACACGCUCUUCAGAUGCCUCAAGAUCACGCCAAAAGCAACAGAAUAAUUCUGACGAUAAUCAUUCUCCUUCUGAAAAGAGGGGCGGCUUACAAGGUCUUCGGUGGAAGGGAUCCUCAAGGGGUUGUAUUAGUCUUGGGAAGGAGGAGUCACUGAUGGGGAGGACAUCUGGAAAAAACACAUCUGGUCAGAAAAGAGACAAAUCUGAACCAGUUCGUAAGAGCAAGCGAGUACCAAAAAGGCGAGUACUGGAUGGAGAAUUUGGUGAUGACGAUGAUGAGGAUGAUGAGAUUCGGUACUUGGAGAAGCUGAAAACAUCGAAAGUUUCUGCAGUGUAUAGAGGUGAAGAAGAGUUGAGUAAGAAGCAUCGAAAACUCUCUAGUGUAUCCAAUUUGGAAAAUGCUGCAUCAUCAAGAUCAGGCAGAGAUGGCAAGAAAAGGUCUAGAUUUGAGGACACUGACUAUGAGGCUGAAGAGGAGUCAGGCUCUGAUGGCGAGCUUGAGGACAAGAAAAAGAGAAAACAGAGGAAAGAAUCAGUUGAUGUAUUGAUGGAUGGUAAGAAGGAAAUGACUCUCACUACACGUCAACGGGCCCUUCAAUCGAGCAAAGAUGCCUCAGCAUCUGGUGCAAGUUUAAUCGAGUUUCCCAAUGGAUUACCACCUGCCCCACCUAGAAAACAAAAGGAGAAGCUUACAGAAGUGGAGCAGCAACUGAAGAAAGCCGAGGCUGCUCAAAGGCGUAAAAUGCAGGUUGAGAAGGCUGCCAGAGAAUCUGAGGCUGAAGCUAUCAGAAAAAUACUUGGUCAAGAUUCCAGCAGGAAGAAGCGAGAAGAGAAAAUAAAGAAGCGUCAACAAGAACUGGCAGAGGAGAAAGCAGCCAAUGCAAGAAUGCUUGCAUCAAACACCGUGAGAUAUGUGAUGGGUCCUUCUGGGACAGUUGUGACCUUUCCCGAGGAAAUGGGGCUCCCUAGCAUAUUGAACUCCAAACCCAUCAGUUAUCCUCCACCGCGUGAGAAGUGUGCUGGUCCAUCUUGUAGCAAUCCAUAUAAGUAUCGGGAUUCAAAAUCAAAGCUUCCUCUUUGCAGUCUCCAAUGCUACAAGGCAGUCCAGGAGAAUAUGGCAGCCGCAACUAGAGCAUGAAGUUGUUGAUGAUCCUCUGUCACUGCCUUGUGCCAGUCGCGCGACACCAUCAAUGUUUUCAUCUUUGGUAUAGGCUCUAGAUUAGAUCAAACAUUUGUUGAGCUUUUGGUGGAGAGCCCAACUGGGAAUUGUUAAUUUUCCCUGUUGCACAUAAUUUUAAAUUGGUACAUAAGAGGAUUUGUGGUAUUCAUAUCCAGUUAAUUGGAAAUGUAUACAACAUGUCCAGUUCUGUUUUUUAAUUCUGGAUUUUGGAGUAGUAAUAGUAGAUUAUAAGCCAGUCAUUUUGGCAAUAAUUUUACUAGCUAAAAGGAAAAUUAAAGAGGUUGCUAUGA